AUGAGCGAGGCACCGAGCUAUGACGAGUCCAUACCCGACGGGGGCAACCCGCUCGAGGUGAAUGUCAACACGCAGUAUGUCGGCUACGAGUGGAACUACACGUAUCUGGUCUUCUGCGCCUACAUCGUGUGGCUGAUUAUCCCGGGCAUCGGCCUGUUGUACGGCGGCCUGGCCCGCCGCAAGUCGGCCCUCGCGCUGCUGUUCCAGUCCUUCAUGGUCAGCGCGGUGGUGACGGUGCAGUGGAUGUUCUGGGGCUACUCGCUGGCCUACAGCCGCACGGCCGGCCCCUUCAUCGGCGACCUGGCCAAUUUCGGUCUCAAGAACGUCAUGUCGGCGCCGUCCCCCGGCAACUCGACCAUCCCUGAGAUCGUCUUCUGCCUGUAUCAGCUGCUCUUCUGCGCAUGCACCGUGCAGAUCGUCGUGGGAGGCGCCUUUGAACGUGGGCGCAUCAUUCCGUCCUUGAUCUUUGGUUUCUGCUGGGCCACGGUUGUGUACUGCCCGAUUGCCUGCUGGACCUGGAACGCCAACGGCUGGCUAUACAAUCUUCCGUCGCUCGAUUUCGCCGGCGGUGGACCCGUCCACAUCGCCUCCGGGUGGUCAGCCCUCGCCUAUGCCUUCGUCUUGGGCAAGCGAAAGAAGAAUCCCACGGACAAGAGCCAUGGGAAGCCUCACAAUACUACUCUUGUCUUCCUGGGCACCGUGCUCAUCUGGUUCGGCUGGUUUGGGUUCAAUGGCGGCUCCGCCCUGAAUGCCUCCAUUCGUGCCAUGCUCGCCGCAUUCAACACGAACACUGCCGCUUCGACCGGUGCCAUCGGCUGGGUUCUUGUCGACUAUUUCAAAUAUGGCCGCAAGUUCACCGUCGUUGGCGCCUGUGAGGGUGCCAUUGCUGGUUUGGUCGGCAUCACACCCGCCGCAGGCUAUGUCAGUGUGUGGCUUGCUGCAGUUAUUGGCUUCAUCACCGCUGUAGUCUGCGCCCUCAUGGACAAUGUGAACAACUGGCUACGGAUUGAUGAGGGAAUGGACGUCUUCAAGCUUCACGGCAUUGGAGGAAUGGUGGGCUCCUUCUUGACGGGCAUUUUCGCGACGUCGUCCAUCUCUUCUCUGGACGGCGUUACAAUAGCCUCCGGCGCCAUUGAUGGCGAGGGCAUUCAGGUUGGAAGACAAUUCGCCGAGAUCACUGCCAUUUCGGCAUACUCCUUCCUCGUAUCCUGCGCUCUACUGUUUAUAAUGAAGUAUAUCCCGGGAUUACACCUACGAAUUUCCGAUGAGGCCGAGGAGCGCGGACUUGAUCUUGACCAGUUCUUCGAAGAGGAGAUCGGCGACUGGGGACUGGUCCAUGAGUUAGAGAGGAAGCGCUACGAGCAGUUUCUUAUGGGCGAGGCUCCUGCUCAAGGGUCAUCUUCAUCAGAGGCUGUUCAAGAAACUAAGACUUCAGCGCCAGCGGAUGUCUCUAGUUAG